AACAAAAAAUUGUAUUUUCCAAAACACUAAAAUGAAAAGAAAAAAAAAGUGGUAUUUAAGGUCGAACAGUGUUCAUGUGUUCCAAUUAUCCCCUUGUCUUCGAUUUUUCUUAGAGAUUGGGCCUUCUUUGCUCAAAUAUCGAUAUUAUUGGGCUUGUAACGUCGGCCACCUAUUUGCAUUUUUUUAAUCCAAGACUAGAUUCAGGUUCACACGUGCUCCAUUUUCUUCUAUAUGCCACAUGUCAAGUGACGGAUCCUAGAACUUGUAACAGCCACAAAAUACUCACAAAUCCGAGUCCACAAACAAAGUCCUCCCACUCUCAGGGCAAACUCUAUUUUCCAUUGUACACACCAAGAUCUACUUUUCUUUCAGGGCAAUUCUUUGGAAUGGAGAUUGCUACUACAAGGUGUUUUCUUGACAAGCAAGUGUCAUGGUUUUCAUUGAACCUCAGAGCAUUAGACAGGGAAAAUUCCUACAGACUUCCAUAUAAUUUGACUGCCUGGAAAUUAAGGACGAGUUAUCAAAGGUUGGCUUAUUUGAAUUUAGAUUCUCAUAGAAAGCAACAUAUGAGCCAUAUUGUCUGGAAUACACAUUCCAUGCCUGUUGGUUUGGAGGAAUCCUCAUCUCUUCAGUCUGAAGAUCCUUUUAGUGAAUAUGAGCAUGCUUCUGAAGAUUCACCAGAGCAGCAUCUUGCUAAACCACUAAGCAGUGAUGAGUUGAAAUCUCUACUGGUUGACUCUGAGAGGACAAAGCUCACCAAAAAACUAAGUGAAGCUAACCAGCAAAACCGUUUCCUCAAACGACAGUUACAUAUCAAGGAGGAUGCACUUGUUAACUUCAAAAGUGAACUUGCAGUCAUGGAACUGGAAAUUCAGGCGUUAGUCUCACUGGCAGAAGAAAUAUCUAAAGCUGGCAUUCCUGAAGGUUCUAGAAAAAUUAAUGGGAGAUACAUUCAGUCUCAUCUUUAUACACGCUUAGAAGCUGUACACAAGAAAUUGAAGGAACAAAUAAAUGAUGUAGAUACUGCACAGUCCAGGGAGUUUCCUUUGUUUUGGUGUGGCAUGGCAGAGUCGUGCUUGGAUAUUAUCGCAAAACCAGCAAGCUAUUAGAAAAGAAUAAGAUAUCAAAAGAUUUAGAGAAACAAGCAAGGAAAUUAAUCCUGAGCCAGGAUUUAGCUGUAUAAAAGAGCCAGGAACUAAUGGAGGGAAUAAGAGAGAUCAAGACACAGCAAAGGGGUUGGUAUCCGGGUUCUGAUACUGGGGAAUAAAAGGGAAAGCUCUUUCUUGCAUAUUAUCAUUGCAAAAAAUGAGCCUCCCUUGGUUAUGUAAAUAAAAUAACCUUAUAUAGCAUGCAAAACCUAGUGAGAAUAACUUCUAGUGGAACCACAGGUCUGAACCUGGUGUUUGAACCACAACCCCUUAGAGCAGGGGUUUGUGCAGUUUCAGAGUUUGUGUCCUGGAUUCUCUUACAGGGGAUAUAUUUCUCUCAUACCAUAAAGAAGAAGACUCCAAGGCUUUAAAAUAAGUUUAAUCUUAAUCUUCCAAAAAUAACUUGAAAGCAAAGAAUCAUAAAAGAAAAAAAGGUUGUUAUUCCCUUCAAAAGGGUUGACUUUAAAGGUUUGAAUCCCCUCUUCCUCCAUAGGCUUCCUCAUAUUUACCAAAAAGAUAAAUGAUCUUUUAGUCCGUGGUCUUGGGCUCAUGCCAUGACCGUGUGGCCAAGCAGCCCUCACAUAGGCCUGAGCUUUUUCACAAAAUUAUUUAUAUGAUAAAUUAAUAAUCUGGAAGGCUGAGCUCAAGCAAAAAUUCUUUUGCCCAGGCAUAGGUGCUGGAGUUGCAGGCUGCCCUGUGGAUAGCAAUAGUAUUGUGAAGAGUAACCUUUUCUGUUGUAGAUAUCUCAUGCAUCAUGUUGAAAUAUUUAGCAUUAUUAUUUGAUAUUUACGAUUAAUUAUCCAAAGGUUGAUGCUCUUGCUGAAUUUACUUAGAGUAAAAUGGAUGUCAUGUAUCCUUAGUUUAUGUGUUAGUGAUCAUUGAUUUUGUUGGUUGCUCUUUGCUAGUGUUGAAAAAGCUGUUUAAAGAAUAAAGAACAGAAACAAUCAACAGUGGAGUCAAAUGCAAAUUAGUUUAAUGAGUGAUUGUUUAAUCUAUAUAUACACUAAGAAAGGUUUUUUACUAGUACCAUUAGAAACAAGGUGUCCUCGUAACACUUCCUGCCUGGACAUUGUUUAUGGAUCAUGGAUUCGAUUCUGUGAUACCUUAAAAUGAAUUUUUUUUCAUACUUAAGUAGCAAAAUUUUUUUACUAUAAAAGAAGUUGAUCUUUUUCCUAAAUUAAUCAUGCAGAGAAGCUAUUGUUUGGUCCAAUGACAAAUGUUUUAGGUUGUAAAGUUCAUCUGUUUAAGUUCUAGUCCUGAUGGUAGUUAUCUAAUGCAGAAUUCUGAAGGCUAGAGCUGUAUUUAGAUUUUAUUUAUUUAUUUUUUUGAACGUCUUAUUUAAAUUACUCCUUUCACUCUUACUUUGCAGGACUAAAUUUGUCCAGUAUCCCCAAUUAACAAAUUGCAUUCAUUAAUACUUAAAUAGGUCAAACACGUCAAUGUGAAAAAUGACCAGAUGUUGAAAGUAAUAAAGUGCAUCGCACUUUGAAUAUGUUGGAAGUUUGAUGGAAGCACUGCAUUAAAAGUAAAACCUAGCAUCAGGAAUAUGCACAUGGUAUGCUCUUAGAAGAAAAGAAAAAGGAAAAAUAAAAUCACACUAGAUAUAACUUUAUCCUUGGUGGUUUAUCGGUAUAUUUAUCGAAUGAUAUUUGAAAAUAUUGCAGCUGCAUAGUCUUGAUUGAUUAUUAUCUGUAUUUAUGAUGCCUCCUUGAUAAUUCUUCUUCUAGAAAUGAUGUUUUUCUUGUGCAUUCUUGGGUGACAUAUACCUUAACGUAUGAUGUUUAAUUAAAAUCUUUGAUUUUUUGCCCAUUUAUUGAGAAUAUCUCUGUUUGGAA